CGGGCACUCACCAUGGCUGCAGCACGGCUGGUCACCUGGGGGCUGCUCCUGGCUGCCGGGGUCCCCGCCGGUGCCCGGGGGCCGGUGCCACCGGGGCUGACCCCAGGCGGGACCCUGCAGCGGGGCAGGGACCCCUGGCACAGCCCAGCCUGGGGACAGCGGUGGCCGGGCCUGUCCCCAGCCUGGGAGGCCUCAGGGGAGCCAAGCAGUGCCGGUGCCCCCGGGGCCGAGCGCUGGCGGGGCAGCAGCCCCGUGCGCUGGUCCCCACCGCUGCGGGGGGGAGAUGCCAUCGGAACACCCCCGGAGAUGGAAACCACCGCGGGAGGCGGCGGCGCAGCCUUGGAUGUGGCAGAGGAGAUGCCCAUUGCCCGGCCAGGACAAGAGGCCAAAGGCUGGGACAGUCCCCAAGGGGGGACCUGGCCGCCCCAUGGCUCUGCACUGGGGACACCAGGCCCUGAGGUGCCCGUGGACACGGGGCCGGGCUCCUCGGGGCCACCCUGGACAGGGCACAGCGCCACUGAGCCAGCCAGCACGCCCAGCCCCCGGCCAACCGUGUCCACCAUCGCCCUGACCCCCACGCCGGCAGCAGGGACAGGGAUGGGGACAGAUGCCCACAGAGGGGGACAGCCAGUGGCGGAGGGACCCACAGCGGCCAUGGGCACACUGGUCCCUCCAGGCACUGCUCCUGUCCCCCACAUCAUGGGCAGGGGUCCCCAUACCAGCCCCGGGUCCGCACAGCCAUUGGGCACACAGCGGGACUUGGGGGGUCCCCCCAGCCCUUCCCCGUCUCCACUCGGCUCUGCCCCACGGCUGCCCCCUGCAGUCCCAUCGUUGGGGCUGGCUGAGCCCUGGACCCGGGCGCUCCCGUCCCACCAGCGCAGCACCCGCAGGGCCCCGCUCAGCCGUGGCACCGCCAGCCCCGGGGAUGCAGCCCCUCGCAUGGACCCUGACCCGAUGGGGCAGCGGGGACCCCAGCCCAGCCUGGGGGCUGCGCUCAGCACUGACCCUGCACUGCUGCCCCCCAACUCCAGCACCACGAUGGACUCCUCCGGCACCCCCGGCACAGGGCUGCUGCCUGAGGAGGACAUCGGGUCCCCACAGCGGGUCCGGGGUGCCGUGAGCAUCCCAAAUGUCACCGAGGCCACCCCACAGCCAACAGCGCAUCCCACCGCAGGGACAGCCGGCACCAGGCACUCAGACCCCCAAGGGACGCAGCCCCCUGCCCAUGGCACCGCAUCCCCCUCAGUCACAGCAUGGCGGGCAGCGGUGACACCACAACCAGCACCCCGGCACCCAUCCACACCACAGCCACCACAGCCACCGCAGCCAAGCCACCCCUCUUCAUCACCAGGGUCCAACGGGACAGGGCUGCGCUGGGCCGAGCUGCGGCAUCACCUGGGCUUCACGUGGGAGACCCACAUCUAUGGGGCAGCCGCCAUCUUCCUGCUGCUGGCGCUGGGCUGCGCGGUGGGGCUGGCCUGGGCGUGUGCGCUGCGCCCCCCCAACCUGCCCCACAUUCUAGGGGCCCACGGGCUGCUGUUGUGCGCCUGCCUGCUGCGGGUCACCUUCCUGCUGCUGGACCCCUAUGGGGCACGGAACCGCCUGCCCCCGCGGGCGCUGCUGCUGCUCAGCACCGUCCCCUUCCCACUGAUGCUCGGCGCCUUCGCCCUCCUCCUGCAGCGGCUGCAGCGCCUGGCGCAGCUCCGCCUGCUGCCGGCGCGGCUCCGGGGGCUGCCGGCGCUGGGGGCCGCGGCCGCGCUGCAGAGCGCGGUGCUGGGGGCCGCGGACCUGCUGCCGCCGCGGCUGGGCCUGGCGGCUGGGCUGGGGCUGCAGGCGCUGGGCUGCGGCGCGGGGGCGCUGCUGCUGCUGGGGGGGCUCUGCGGGUGCUGGCGGGUGCUGCGGGCACCGCACGACGACGCGGGGCGCGGGGCGCGGGCGCUGCUGGCGGCGGCGGUUGCGGGGCUGCCCGUGUGCGGGCUGCAGCUCUACAGCGCCCUGUGGCUGCGCGGGGUCCUGGGCGCCCCGGCGCGCUUCUCCCGGCCGGGCUGGGUGGCGCAGCUCUGGCUGCGGGCGGGUGAGCUGGGCACGGCGCUGGCGCUGCUGGUGGCCGCCACCGAGCCCCUGCGCUGCCGCUGCCACCGCCGCAGCCCCGCCGCUCACUCCUGCUGGGGCAAGGCGCUGCGGUACUUCUGCGCCGGCCGCAAAGCCGAGGCGCCCGAGUACCCCAACAACUGCUACGACUGGGCCGGCGGCAGCACCGGCGGCAGCGGCGCCGAGCGGGCACCGGCCAACGACAUCUCCAAGAGCCUCAUCCGCAACCCCGCGGAGCAGCUGCCGCUGCGGGCGCUCAAGGACAGCAACGAGCCCUGGGCGGGCACCGCCGCGGGGCCGGGGCUCAGCCCCAAGUGCCCCAACCUGGUGGCCGCCCGCUCCUGCGCCGCCUUCGAGCAGGGCUCGUCGCCGUCGCUGGGCGAGCUGGUGUUCCGCCCGCCGUCCCCCAUCGACCUGCGGCGCAGCAUCGACCAGGCGCUGUGCCGCCGGCACCUCCUGCACGACGGGCUCUUCGGACGGCCCCGCCGCGGCUCCGGCACGUCGCUGCGCGGCUCCCCCACACCCGCCGGCGGCGGUACCCCCAUCGCGGCGCGCAUGGUGAGGUGCAGCUCACUAACGGAGCUGCCCGGCCCCCGGCACCCCCCCGGCACCGUCACCAUCACCGUCACCGCCUCCACCAGCUCGCUGGACAGCAGCUCGCUGAAGAUCAGCUGGAACCCCUGGCGCCAUGGGCUGUCCUCCCCAGACAGCCUGCCCAUGGAUGAGGCACCCAGCCGGGCACCGCUGCUGGUGCCCAUCGGGACACCGGGCUGCGAACGGGACGGCCCCCGCGGCUCCCCGGCCAUGGCCAAGGCAAUGGACAGCCGGAGCCUCUCCAGUGACACCAUUGAGCUGUGAGGAUGGGCAGAGACUGGGGGGCGCAGGGCCGGGCAGGAGGGGGCCGGCUCCUUUUGUGCCAAACCAGAGAAAUAAAGAGCUGAUGCUGGGAGGAGGCCCCCCCCCCCACCGCCCCGA